AUGCAAUUUUCUGCAAUAUACAGUAAUAUACGGUACCUGCAAUAUGCAAUUACCUGCAAUAUACGGUACCUGCAAUAUACGGUACCUGCAAUAUACGAAUUUACAAUAUACGGUACCUGCAAUAUACAGUACCUGCGGCUACGGUACCUAUUAUACGGUACCUAUACGGUACCUACCUGCAAUAUACGGUACCUGCAAUAUACGGUACCUGCAAUAUACGGUACCUACAAUAUACGGUACCUACAAUAUACGGUACCUGCAAUAUACGGUACCUGCAAUAUACGGUACCUGCAAUAUACGGUACCUGCAAUAUACGGUACCUGCAAUAUACAGUACCUGUAUACAGUACCUGCCUGCAAUAUACAGUACCUGCAAUAUACGGUACCUGCAAUAUACGGUACCUGCAAUAUACGGUACCUGCAAUAUACGGUACCUACAAUAUACCCUGCAAUAUGUACCUACAAUAUACGGUACCUGCAAUAUACAGUACCCUGCAAUAUACGGUACCUGCAAUAUACAAUAUACAAUAUACCACCCUACAAUAUACAGUACCUACAAUAUACGGUACCUGCAAUAUACGGUACCUGCAAUAUACGGUACCUGCAAUAUACGGUACCUGCAAUAUACGGUACCUGCAAUAUACGGUACCUGCAAUAUACGGUACCUGCAAUAUACGGUACCUGCAAUAUACGGUACCUGCAAUAUAUACGGUACCUGCAAUAUACGGUACCUACAAUAUACCCAAUAUACGGUACCUGCAAUAUACAGUACCUGCAAUAUACAAUACCUACAAUAUACAGUACACCUGCAAUAUACAGUACCUGCAAUAUACAGUACCUGCAAUAUACGGUACCUGCAAUAUACGGUACCUACAAUAUACGUUUUUCUUUCUUUUCUCUUUUUCUCUUUUAUUUUCGUUCGCCAUCUUUUCUUCUAUCUUUUUCUUUCCCACUUUUACACGCUCAAUUUUUCUAUUAUGCUUUUCUUUUCUUCUUUUUUCAAUUCUCUUUCUUCUUCGCAUUUUCUUUCGCUUUUUUCAUGCUCUCUCUCUCUCUCUCUCUCUCUCUCUCUCUCUCUCUCUCUCUCUCUCUCUCUCUCUCUCUCUCUCUCUUGCAUACGAACAUUUAUUUACUCUGGAAUUUAAUUCCAAUAAAAAAAAUAUACUCUCUCUGUAAUUCUCUCUCUCUCUCUCUCUCUCUCUCUCUCUCUCUCUCUCUCUCUCUCUCUCUCUCUCUCUCUCUCUCUCUCACGCACACACAUAAACUGAAUUGUUUAUUUUUAAUCAUUAAACUAUAA